AAGAGCGCAAUUUUAUUGACCACGCGCGGCGACGCAAUACGCUCUUGUUUAUCACAAAUUAUUCAGUAACGAUUGUGCGCUUACGCAGUGAAUAUGGCUGAUAAAGUUGUGAAACUCUGCUGUAAUACGAUAUUAAGACGCUAUGGUACUGCCCCGGCUGCAAAACUGAAUUCGGAUUUUAUACCGAAACAAUAUGUUGGUCCAUCGUACCAGAAGACGGAACAAGUGAAGUCGGCUCACAUUCCCCCGGCGAUGUACAAUAUCUACAAGCGGCCGCUGCUGCUGCACCAGGGUCACAUGCAGUAUCUGUUCGACCACGAGGGUCGCCGCUACCUGGACCUGUUCGGGGGCAUCGUCACCGUCUCCGUGGGACACUGUCAUCCGUAAGUUUUACCUUUUUUGAACCAGGUAAAGGACUUCUUUAUCAUUUAAAUUUAAUCUUACGGAAAAUAAUUUAAUGAUUGGUAGGACGAAAGAGAAGCGCAGCCCACGAUCAUCAUCUCUGAUGCCGAUAUAUGUAUCAAAGUGGUAAAGUCUGUUUAAAUACUUGAAGUGGCACGGUUACACUGGGCCCCGAUUCUACUAUCUACAACGGCCGAUGAAUUAAUGGCAAUUAGAUUUCU